AUGCAGUUCCUGGGAAAUGGCGUGGCCGGCCAACGAAUCUCCUCUCCUGCCUCGUGCAUCGAUUGGAGGAGUUGGCGUUGUGAUGAAGCCCCGGAGCAUAUGUGCGUCAGCACUGGCGCUGCUGCUGCUCUAUCUGUGCGUAGUGCGUCAAGUGCGCGGACAGACCGGCAGGCCGACGGGGAAGAACAGCUCCAGGAAUACACCUACUACAACCACGAAGAGAUGACCGACUUUCUCAAGAAGGUCUCCACGGACUACCCGCACUUCACACGCCUCUACAGCGCUGGAAAGUCCUUGCAAAGUCGUGACCUGUGGGUUCUGUUGGUGACGAAGAAUCCCCGAAGAACACUGCUCAAGCCCAACGUCAAGUACGUUGCCAACAUUCACGGCAACGAGGUAGUCGGUCGGCAGCUGAUGGUGUACCUGAUCGAGCACCUUCUGUCGCGUUACAACGUGGACCCGUACGUGCGCUACCUGGUGGACACCACGCGCAUCCACAUCAUGCCGAGCAUGAACCCUGACGGAUACGAGAUCUCAAAGGAGGGAUACUGUACUGGCACUAUUGGACGGUACAAUGCUCGUGGCGUGGACUUGAACCGUGACUUUCCGGACCAGUUCAAUACUCAGGCGCACGAGCAGCAGCCGGAGACCGAGGCCGUGAGGCGCUGGAUCCACCAGAUCCCGUUUGUAUUGUCCGGAAACAUCCACGGCGGGGCCAUCGUGGCCUCCUAUCCGUUCGACAACUCGCCAAACGCCGUGUUUCACACGCAUACCAAGCCGUCAAUGUCACCGGACGACGACGUGUUCCAGCACAUCGCCAGCGUGUACUCAUUCAACCACGCCAACAUGUACCUGGGCACUCCCUGUUCCUCGGAUCGCCCAGCUUUCCCCAACGGAACCACCAACGGUGCAGCCUGGUAUCCCCUCGCAGGUGGCAUGCAAGACUACAACUACAUCUGGGGGGACUGCAUGGAAGUGACGUUCUCGAUCUCCUGCUGCAAGUUCCCGCACCGUCGCGAGCUGCCCCGCUUCUGGGACGAGAACAAGCAGUCGCUGCUUGCCUUCUUGGGAGAGGUGCACAAAGGCGUCCGAGGCAUCGUUGUGGACGAACGCGGUAACCCAGUGGCCGAGGCUUCCCUGCGUGUAUCUAAUCGCACCAUCGGCUUCAAGAGCACGUCCAGGGGAGAGUACUGGAGGAUCCUCAGGCCUGGUCGUUACACGCUGGAGGUUUCUGCCCCGGGUUUCCACACGGUCAAGCAAGACUUCAUCGUGCUAGAACACCAGGUCUCCAUCCUGAACGUGACGCUCAAGUCCUUGCUCGAGGAACCUGAGGAGCCCGAGCAGCUACAGCCCGAGCAGGACACUGCGCAAAGCACAGUGCCACGAACUCCGGUAACGCCUGCUCCGGAAGCCGACGGAACCUCUUCACACUCCUCCUUUUCCACUAACACCACUACCACCAGCUCGCGCCCUCCUUCCACUGCCGACUUCGUUAAUGACGUCACCGGAAUGUUACAGCCCGACGCGGCAGUUGUCGCGAGGCGCCGUGGCGCCGCCGGUGGCGAUGUCAUGGACGCCGCUGACGUCAGGGAGGCUGGGGGAUGCCGUAACCACGUAACUCGUGACGAUGGUCACCUGGUGGAGUAUCAGGCGCAUGCUUUUGUCAUGAAAGUCAGGUCGGGCGCCAACGAUAUGCCAUCGUAUUCCACCGGGAGGCGAUUGUUCGCAAUUUCAGCGUUGGUUUUCUUCUGGUCUCGUCUCGUCAGUGGCCCUUAAGCGGCGAUACGAUACUGCCCAAGAUUCGCUACCUUUAAUGUAUAGUAGCUGGGGCUAAGCC